AUGAUGACAUCAUCAGCUGGACUCCACUUCUUCAGCUUGACGUCCCCUGACUAUAAUUCUGUGGAUGUCUCGUUGACGUCCCCUGACUAUAAUUCUGUGGAUGUCUCAUUGACGUCCCCUGACUAUAAUUCUGUGGAUGUCUCAUUGACGUCCCCUGACUAUAAUUCUGUGGAUGUCUCAUUGACGUCCCCUGACUAUAAUUCUGUGGAUGUCUCAUUGACGUCCCCUGACUAUAAUUCUGUGGAUGUCUCAUUGACGUCCCCUGACUAUAAUUCUGUGGAUGUCUCAUUGACGUCCCCUGACUAUAAUUCUGUGGAUGUCUCAUUGACGUCCCCGGACUAUAAUUCUGUGGAUGUCUCAUUGACGUCCCCUGACUAUAAUUCUGUGGAUGUCUCAUUGACGUCCCCUGACUAUAAUUCUGUGGAUGUCUCAUUGACGUCCCCUGACUAUAAUUCUGUGGAUGUCUCAUUGACGUCCCCUGACUAUAAUUCUGUGGAUGUCUCAUUGACGUCCCCUGACUAUAAUUCUGUGGAUGUCUCAUUGACGUCCCCUGACUAUAAUUCUGUGGAUGUCUCAUUGACGUCCCCUGACUAUAAUUCUGUGGAUGUCUCAUUGACGUCCCCUGACUAUAAUUCUGUGGAUGUCUCAUUGACGUCCCCUGACUAUAAUUCUGUGGAUGUCUCAUUGACGUCCCCUGACUAUAAUUCUGUGGAUGUCUCGUUGACGUCCCCUGACUAUAAUUCUGUGGCUGUCUCAUUGACGUCCCCUGACUAUAAUUCUGUGGAUGUCUCGUUGACGUCCCCUGACUAUAAUUCUGUUGAUGUCUCAUUGUGUGAAAGGAGACAGUCAGAACUGAACUGUUAUUUCAGACCUCUACAUGGAACAACAGCGCUGCAUGGAGUGACAAAACCUGGCAACCAAUAAGGAACAAGCACUGGCCUCGUGUGCCCUCUUUACCAGUACCCUCUCCAUCCUUCACCCUCUAACUACACAGCAACUAGUAGAGGAUGUCAUGGACAAAGACAAAAGAGAACACUUUGUAUUAAACCAAGUAUCUUAUCUUAACUUAAGUUACCCAGGAGUGAUAGGGUGGAAUUCUGCUUUGCCCAGGUUACGUCCCCUCCCCUUCACUCCCACGCUUUUCCAUGUCUGUACUCUCUACUAACCACUUAUUACUGUGUCUCAGAGGCGGAGCUAUGACUGAACCCUGUAACCUUUGACCUAUUACCCUGACCUCUGAGCUGCACCUUGAGUUAUGCCACUCUCACAGGGGAGCCAAAAUGACUGCCUCGUGUUGCCUAUGGCAGAGGUCCCCUGUAUAUUCCUAUUAAUAGCACUUGAACUACAUAAUGGAACCUACUCUGAUAGUAUAAUUGAUAUUAUAUAUAUUUUAUCUCAAGUUUGAAUAAUCAGUGUUUUAUUUCUCUUAAUAUGUCACUCUCAUACGGUAUAUGUUUUAGUUUUUUUCCAAAUGAUAAUUAUUCAAAUUGAAUGUAAAUAGAUAUGUCCUUUUAUAAACCACACAGAAUUUCAAAAGUAUUAUUAGUGCCAUUUUUGGACAGUUUUUUUUCACGUUUAUGUGUUAUGUGUCUGUGUUGUUGAUCAGGUACACAGAGUUGUUGUUAUUGUCAUAACGACUAGACUGAGCCAGAGCUAUUAUCAGAAAGCUAUUUCUUGUUUCCAGUUUUGUGUUUUUUGUAUUCUCUGUGAAUGCCAGAAUGGCUGAAAAUAACCACUGUACUCAAAAAACCAAACCAAUAAAAUGAAUGUUGAAUCUUU